AUGGAGGAAGUGAAGGAAAAGUGUUGGAGAAUGGAGGUUGACGAGAACCUCAAGAGGCUCCACUCUCUUCUCUUCGGCGCGGAACACGCUCUCGAUAACAAUGACUUCUCCUCCGCUUACGUACUCACGCUUCGUCUCCUCGGAUUCCUCGAAUCGCGGCGCUGCUCCGACGUCGACGAAGCCUUCGUCCAACCGAUUCGCCGCGAGGCCCUCGCCAAGCUCCAUUCCGCUCGCCGAUCCCUCACUCCUCAAUCUGAUCGCCAAGCUUUUGAGCAAGCAAAGAAGUCUCCAGGAUGCGUUUUUGGCACCACAGGAGAUAUUGACAUUGAGAAGAUUCGGAAUUCAAAGUACUUUCGAGCUCUUUUCAAGCAAUCUAAAGAAAAAGAUGAAAAUCAAUUGGAUGAUCAACUGGGUAAGCAAGACAAAGCAGGAAGCAAAGCGUCGAAGGAAAUUCUGCAAGCAAAGUUGACAUCCAUGUACGGGAAAAGCAGCUUGAAGACUAGUAAUGGUUCCAAGAGUUUUUUCAACUUGAAAAGUAACAUCUCCGAGGACUGCAUGAUUGUUGAAAGGGCUCAGUCACAUGCCAGCCAUACGAAGGGUCCUGGUGUCUCUUCUUUCUUACAAGUUGAAGGGGAAGAAAGAGCUUUUGGAAACUCUUUUUCUACAAAACGCUUACACAUGGAAAAUAAUAGCCCCAAAGUUGGUUAUGCAAAGUCACCUUCAAGUAAGGAGGAAGUUAAUUCUGAUGUUUGUGGCAACGGGUUCGUUACUGCCAGAGCAAAACUGGAAAUGGAAGCAAAGCAAAAGCGAGGAGUAGUUGGUUCACCCAGUGCAUCUGUCUCACCACAAUGCGAUUACAAUCCUGGCAACAGGUUAUAUGGUGGGAGAUCAUAUGGUGUUUCACGUCGUGGCUUUCGUGGUAAUUUUGUUCCCCCUAUUAAAUCCAAUGGGAACAAUGCUGGAAACAUGAGUUCACGGAUUGCUGGAAAGUCUGAUGAUGCCUUAGAUGACUCUACAAAGAGAUGUUUGGAAAUCCUGUGUGGUCCUGAUGGUGAGCUUCCUGAGAAAUUGAGGAAUUUGGAACCUCGCCUCAUUGAACAUGUUAGUAACGAGAUUAUGGACAGAGAUCCCAAUGUCCGGUGGGAUGACAUUGCUGGACUUGAUCAUGCCAAGAAAUGUGUCACUGAGAUGGUCAUAUGGCCUCUACUACGUCCUGACAUAUUUAAGGGCUGCCGUUCCCCAGGAAGAGGUCUGCUUCUAUUUGGUCCACCGGGAACUGGCAAAACAAUGAUAGGAAAAGCCAUAGCAGGGGAGGCAAAGGCAACCUUCUUUUACAUAUCAGCAAGUUCGUUGACUAGCAAGUGGAUUGGUGAAGGUGAAAAGCUAGUAAGAGCCCUUUUUGGAGUUGCCAGUUGCCGUCAGCCAGCAGUAAUUUUUGUUGAUGAAAUAGAUUCGCUCCUGUCUCAGCGAAAGUCAGAGGGUGAGCAUGAAUCAAGUAGGCGGCUAAAGACGCAGUUUCUAAUUGAAAUGGAAGGCUUUGACAGUGGUAGCGAGCAAAUCCUGCUUAUAGGAGCAACAAAUCGUCCCCAAGAGCUUGAUGAAGCAGCACGGAGGAGACUUACCAAAAGACUUUAUAUUCCCCUACCAUCCUCAGAGGCAAGAGCUUGGAUUGUACGUAACCUUUUAGAAAAGGAUGGAUUAUUCAAGCUAUCAAAUGAGGAAAUAGAUAUCAUAUGCAACUUAACGGAAGGUUAUUCGGGAUCAGACAUGAAAAACUUAGUGAAGGAUGCUUCUAUGGGUCCCCUCAGAGAGGCUUUAAGACAAGGCAUAGAAAUUACUAAGUUGAAAAAGGAGGAUAUGCGGUCAGUAACCCUUCAGGAUUUUGAGGAUGCCCUGCAAGAGGUGAGGCCUUCUGUUUCUUCAAAUGAACUUGGCACUUAUGAUCAAUGGAAUAAGCAAUUUGGAAGCCUAUCACUGUAG